AUGUCGAAACUUCCACCCUCCCUUCCCAAACCCAUUCAGGACUUGGACGACGCCCAAAGGGCCUAUAAUCUCCUUCUGGAACUCGAAAAGCGGUUGUUGAUUCCCAGUCAGGAAAUCCAGUUUGGUUUUGGGCGGGCGAGUACGAGUCAACCGAAAACGAACGCGGACCCCCGUGAACGGAGGAAAUUGGUACUAUGUCGGAUCCUCGGGUACCUCCUACACCACGCCCCUACGUAUGAAGCUAGAGCGUCCGUCAUCGAUGGCAUCCUCGCGUGUAACGGUGAUGCAGAAGAGGUGUUAGAGUUUGGGGAGGGGUUUUUGUACUUUAUUCGAGCUUUUCACUCAAACCCAGCCAAAACGACAACACCUUCCCGUGACCUAUUCGAUCGUGCUGCAUCUGAUCUCCGAGUGGAGGACGCGAGCGGCUCGAGCUUGCAGCCCAAAGACCACUGGUCAGUCAAGAAAUACGCUUUGAAGCGUGACGGAUAUCGCUGCAUGAUUAGCGGCGCCUUUGAUGGAGAUGCUGGCGAACAGUUUCCAGAGAUCCUCGCAAAGAAACGAGGGGUGCCCGGAAGUCGGUGGGCAGCCACUCGGUGCUCCCAUAUCUUUGCGGAAGUCAUGAACCACGAUGCCGACAACACUGUAGACGAGGGCAACUGGAGUGCGAGCAUUUGGAUGACACUCGAAAAAUUUGGGUAUGCUAGUAUGCUGGACGAACUGAAAGGCUCCAGUAUCCACCGACUGGAGAAUGUGAUGACAUUGGAUCCAACCGUGCACGCUCACUUCGAGUCGCUCAAAAUAUGGUUGGUCGCUUCGGACGAUCCAAAUGCAGAACCGAACACCUACAAACUCGAGGCUACCCGUCCGUUAUUCAUCGAGGACUACCCCAAAAUCGUCCGAUUCCAAUCGAGCGAUCCUGAAAGCCUCCCUCUUCCCAGUCCUCGAUACCUUGAGGUUCAUGCUGCGGUGGCAAGGAUAGCUCACCUUUCCGGCGCCACUCAGUACAUUGAUAGGGUGAUGAGGGACCUUGAAGACAGCACGGUCCUUGCGGAUGACGGGUCGUCUGGCGAACUACUCGAACACCUCCUUAAGCAGGCCCGUCCUCGCGAGAUUGAGAGUCAUUAG